UAUAAGUGAAAGGAAGUCAUGUGGAUGUGGAGUUAGAAAUGUUCUGUGUAGACCAACAUAUGAAAACACAACCAAAGAGAUUCUAUGCCAACAUGAAUUAAUGUCUUAUGAUAAAAUGAAAUGGGGUGUCUGGGUGGGCUGAGUUCCAAGUAGCCAGAGGAAUGCAAACACAGACAGGAUGUACCCUCUUCUAGGAACGUUGUAGAGAGCAUUCAGGUGGUUUGAGCUGAAAUUUAUCAUUCUGUGAGUCUAGUGGGAUGCCUGAGGGCAGGUGAUGAGAAUAAAUAAAGCUGGAACCUCCUACUGUGAUGUUCUCAGGAAAAGGCCCCAGGAUGUUCCGGUUGCUUCUACUGGGCAUGUUUGUAGUGCUCUUCAUGGAUGAGGGAGACAGAGUCCUGACAUGGAAAUGGGUUCGAUUUUGCAAUUCCUGUAAACACUUUGAUGGAUCCAUUUGCCGUGAUGGCAUGAGAAGUUGCUGGAAGUUUAAUAUAUAUUUGAAAAACAGGAGUUGUGCCACAGAUCACUAUUACUUUAGUGAUCGCACUACAGGGAGAUAUCUGUUCCGUUAUACAACACUGUCUUGCAGGCCCUGUGAUGAGGGAAUGUUCCAAGUAUUCCACGACCUCCUGAGAGAAACAACUUGCUGCAUUAAUCAAAACAGGUGUAAUACUGGCAGAGAUAAUGUAGAUAUUACGAGGAUUCUUGGAGCAGAGCCUCAUGAUGAAGUAGUGUAUGAAUGAAUGAUUAAGUAAUUAUGAAUGAUUAAGGUUGUUAAACUAUAUCUCCUUGUAGUCUUGGCCCUUUUUUUUACCCAAUGGUAAUACCAUCAUC